AAAUACUUGUUUUUUCUACCAAUCAAUUGCCAUUCGUACUCCAAAGGCCCCCUUGUGGAAAAAAAAAAAAAUUUUUUUCUGAUGGGGAAGAAAUGUUUAGGUCGCCAAAAGGUUGAGAUGGAGAAAAUUAAAAAUGAAAGCAAUCUCCAAGUAACCUUCUCAAAGCGUCGGUCUGGUCUUUUCAAAAAGGCUAGUGAACUUUGCACUCUUUGUGGUACUGAAAUUGGCAUACUUGCCUUCUCACCUGGCAAUAAGGUAUUUUCCUUUGGCCACCCUGACGUUGGAACUGUUGUUGAUCGUUAUCUCAGUAGCAACCCUCCGGAAACUUCAGCAACUUCACAGCUCAUUGAGGCUCAUCGUAAUGUUAAUGUCCGUGAGCUCAACAUGCAUCUUACUGAGGUGGUCAGCCAAUUAGAAGCUGAAAGGAUUCGGGCUGAAAAGCUUAACCAAAUGAGCAAAGCAAGCCAAAACAACCAGAACUGGUGGGGGGCUCGAAUUGAGGAACUUAGCCUGCCACAACUCCAGCGACUGAAAUCUUCCCUGGGGGAGUUGAAAAAGAACGUGACAAAGCAAGCAGAGAAGCUUCUUAUUCAGAGUGCAAAUUCCCAGCAGUUAUUCAUGGGAAGUUCCAGCGCAGGGGUGCACCCUAAUUAUGAGACAAAGAAUUUUGCAUUUGAUGCAAAUAUGAUGCCUCAGGGAUACAGUGCUCCACAUCUGAUACCUCCAGGAUACAGCCCCAAUCCUGAAGGAUACUAUCCGAACCCUCAUGGAUACUGUCCUGGUCCUCCUGGUUUUGGACGUGGGUUUUUCUAAUUAAUUGAGUUGCUUUGCCUUGAAUGAACAAGGAAUUGUAGCCACAGUUGUAGUCACAGUUUAUGUUUUCCUGCAUCUUUCAUGUAUUUUGGCCUCUGAGUUUGUUCUUUAUGGAUAAAUUUAAGUUGGUUCAAGACGGUAAUCUCUGUUUGACUGAGAUGGUUAUGAUAUACUAAGAGUCCU